AUGUUUCAGAUGACGGUCAGGAAGCGCGGCCGCGACGACGACUCGGAUUCUGAGAUUGAUGAAGACAGGUAUAUCAAGAAAGCCCGCCCAGUAUGUAGCGAACAAGCAAACUACGGACAAUUCCGCUUCCAAUCACCUGCGACGUUUCCUCACCGGCCUUCGCCCUCUCCGCCUAGGCUGUUUACCGACAUUCGAUCCAUGACACCAGCCAAAUCAGACUACGGCGGAGCACAAUCACCAGAUUCAGUUUCGGGCGGGCCAGUCUGCUUAUCAAGAGAGUCAAGUAAUAUGGACUACGACAUGGACAUGGAUGAAGACGACUUUGACGUCCGGAGCCAGCCGCCAGAGUCACCCGCAUUAUAUUCAUCCACCAACAGCUUCAUGCGACCAGCCAUGCUGCAAUCGUCUCUCUUCAACUCGGAACCCUCUCCCAGCAACGGCCGUCUCCCAACCCCAAUACACGCCACCUUUAAGCGCGGAGGCAUGAAUGGCUUGGGUUACCCCAUGAGCGGCUCAGCAGGCGGACUUCGCACAUCCGACCCCUCGAUGCAAGCACCGCCUCCAACCUGGAAAUCAUCACGGCAAGAAAAGGAGGAAGACCGAAGCAGACGCAUGCCCUCGCCUAUUAGUGAAGAUGACGACAUUCCAGAUACCCCUACGGCUCUCACUCAAUCCCAACUCUCGCGACUUAGUGUUUCGCACGACUACAUGGAGACGGAGGAGUCGUCCAACCUCGUACCGCCCAUUACGCCUCGCACACGCAAACGAAGCGGCGCGUUGACGGGAAUGGGGAGGUUUAGCAUGGGAUAUCGUGAUGAUUGUGAAAAGUGUAGACAGAGGGUUCCAGGGCAUUAUUCGCACUAUCUUCCGUAG